AUGCGAGGAUUAGAAUGGGAUGACAUGGAAGUGAAAGUUGACGCCCGACAUUUACACCAUCUUCGUUUCGUUCUCACAACAUCAAGCAUCAAUCAGGCGCAACGGAUGCUGGCUGGACAUGAUGAUGUAUGUGUAUCUAGGUCGAGAAAUCAGCAUGAUGAACGACCCGACCUACGAGCUGCGCAAAAGGAAACGAACGGCUUGGGGAACAUUCAAGAGCAUCGAGAAUUCACAAUUGUGGGUGUUUGGCAAGCAGAAGCAAAAUCCGAUCAGCGUCAUAGAAGGCGGAAUUGA